AUGGAGGAAAACCAGAUCACCAUGAAAGUGAAAUUACGUGACAAGCAAGAGUUAGCCUCAAGCAUGGACAUCAUUGAGGAGAUUGUCCAUGAGGCUUGCGACAAAAAUCUCAAUGAUAUACAAUGGCAACUUUUCAAUGAUGAUCAAGUAGAGGAAAUGGAUAAUGAUGGUGAAGACAAAGUUACUAAUAACUCCCCGCCAUCCCUUCGUAUAGAGAUGUGCAGCGACAUUCAACAGCCGAUUGGAAAAACUACUCCCAUAUUUAAAGAUAAGUUAAUGGGUGGAGCUGGAACCGUCAUAAUGGACUCUAAUAACCUUUCUGACGAACUGAAUAUUGAGUAUAAAGAUGUAAUAGUGAACAUGGAUGGCCUCAUACCAACCAUCAAUUUCUCUGAACGAGUUAAGAGCUACAUGCUCCAAAGUAUGAGACUUGCAAUUGUAGUCAAACUACUGGAGUGCUAUAUACGACAAGAUAUUCUCUACAGCAAGAUCGCAAGCCUCUGGAGACCCACUAGAAAUUUCAAACUGACUGGACUUGACGACGGUUGUUACAUGGUCAAGUUUGACAAUGAAUGGGAUUAUCAGAAUGCUAUGCUGGGUGGACCAUGGGUGGUCCUUGGCCACUACCUCACGGUGCAUCCAUGGGAACCAACGUUUCCCCCCCUUAACCUUGAAAAAAAGCAGGUUUAUGGCUGGGUGAGAUUGCCAGGACUACCAUAUCAUUAUUACCACAAGAGCAUGCUUCAAGCUAUUGGGGAACUCAUUGGGACUGUACUGAGAAUAGAUUACAACACUAAAGGAGUGGAUAAGGCGAGGUUUGCCUGGCUAGCAGUGAAGAUUGACUUAACCAAGCCACUCGUUUCGAUGAUUAGACUAGACGGAGCAACACAAUUCGUAGAAUAUGAAGGCUUGCCUACCAUCUGCUACCACUACGGGAAGUACGGACACCUAGAAGCAUCCUGCCCAGCCAAGUCGCAACAGAUGAAAACACGGGAACCAACAGCCGAAGCACAUGUCGGAAUUCCGACUAGCACCACCCCACGGUCAUCUGUGAUAGAAAGUUAG